CAGAUCCAAGCAUCUUAAACAUGGAAGAGGAGGAGGGAGCAUACGCAUCUCUUCAGUGGGAUAAUCCAUCACCAACCCAUAAUGAGAAACGCCUGCCUUCUAACAAAUACUCAGGAACAUAUUGUUAUAUCACUGUGAUUUUAUGUAUUUUCUGCAUUGGCUCAUUAUCUACUUCCAUUUUCUUUGGCAUCAACGCUGUAUUAGAAUUGUUUUUGUAUGAAGGGUUCCAGGUGUCCUCUAUGGCAAUGCAGCACCAAGACAAACUCCUGAAACAGGACAAAGCAUUGGCGAAUUUUACACAGUGGGAGACAAGCUGUGAGCUUCAGAUGAAAUAUUGUCAAAUUCUGAUGCAAAACUCAUCCGGUUCAGCCCAGAACCACAGCCCAUGUCCAGAAACUUGGAUUCAUAAUGGAGAAAGUUGCUACCAUGUCUUUGAAAAUUGGACCUAUUGGCAUACCAGUAAAGAGAAAUGUUUGUAGGAAGAUGCUGAACUUCUACAAAUAGACAGUAAAGAAGAAAUGAUUUCUGUCACUGGUAGCCUGAGGAAGAUCAAAAGCAGCUUUGAUUAUUGGGUGAAAUUCUCUCCGAAUGGAUUCAGAAACCCCUUCCUUUGGCAUUAUGCCACCUCUGCCUUCAAGGAUCUGCCGAGGAGAACACUAAAAGUCCUAGAAGUCCCAAGUUUAAUCUCUGACCCCACCUGGUCUAUAAGCACCAAAGAAUAUGACACUGAUGAUCCCCAGAACUCUCAGGAUGCUGCUGAUAGUCGACUCUACAGCAUCAUUUUUCUGAGUAUUAAGCAUCCCUAA